GGGAGGCGGUGCUGGUCCCGGUGCCGGGGGGGGGGUAACACCACCUCAGCCCAGCGCGGGGGCACCGCUUGUUCUGGUUUUGGUUUUGGUUCUGGUUCCGCUCGCUCUCCCCGGCCUGCGGAGGGGCUGCGCUACCGACCCGACUCAGAAAUUGGCUCUCGGCUCCCGCUCCUCUGUGGGCGGGAGCGGGGCGGGGGCCUCCCCCCCCCUUCCCCUCCUCCGUCUCCACCGCGGGCUGAGGGGAAGCUCCGUCCGCCCCGGCGCGGCGGGGCUGAGGGAAGGCAGAGCGUCUUCUUCGGGAGAGACCUUCCUUCUCCUAACGCCUUCCGAGGAGGGGAGAGGAAGGAAGAGAAGGGGAGAAGAGGGGAGAAGGAUCCCGCUGCCCUCAGCCCUGUCCGGCUGGGCUCCCCUGCCCUUUGCUCCCGUGCAGCGCAGGGUCGGUGUCUCUGGACCAAAAGGUGAACUCCUUUCGGCCUGUGGAACUCUCGCCAUGGCUGUCGGUGGUGUCGGGACCUCGCUGCUGCUGAUGGGCGGCAUCGUGGUGGCCGUGGGGCUGUGCCGGAGGUUCACCCGCCGCCGGCUGCGCUCCCACCACCGCCUUUACACUUUCCUCUUGGAGAUGUUCAGCACCUUCCAGAUCUGCGCCUGCACGAACGAGCUCUGCCUGCUGGGCAAUGUGGAACCCAAGCCUCACACCGCCCUCACCUUCACCUACGGUUUCACCGUCCUGCACGGCCUGAGCCUGCCCGGCAGCACAUGCAACCCCUGCGGCACCUUGCAGCCCAUGUGGGGCGGUGGGGUACCCGUCAGGAUGGGUGGACUGAAGAUCGGAGCUCAGUUCCUGGCUGCGGUGCUGGCCAGGAUCUUUAUGCACUUUAUCUGGAGCCUGGGGAUGGCGGAGCCACAUUUUGGAGCGCUCUCGCAGGGCUGCAGCAACCCCAUGCAGACUACGGAGGUGCAGGCGUUCUGCAUAGAACUGCUCUUUUCUGUCGUUUUCCAGCUGACCAUCCUGCGAAUGGAGAGAGUUAAUCCCAAAUAUAAAGUCCACUUGAUUGCUCUUCUCAUCACCAUGCUCGUGUAUGCAGGUGGUAAUCUCACAGGAGCAAUAUUUAACCCAGCACUGGCUUUUUCAUUACAUGCAAAUUGUUUCUAUGACAAUUUCUUAAGUUAUGCACUAGUAUAUUGGAUAGCACCAUCCUUGGGCACAAUACUUGUGGCUUUUAUAUGGGAUGCAAUCCUUCCUCGAAUAUCCUGAGACCACCCAUCCUGAACUCUAGCACUACUACAUCACAGAAUAUUCCCACCCUCUGCAGACAGGAAGCUUUCAGAAAACUCUGGACAUUGACUUCCAAGUCACCUUUCAGUUGUAUUUUUCAGAUUUCAUGUUUGAAAUAUCAGACUCACCACUUUGUAUUCAAAUCCUUCUUUUGUAAUAGCCCACUGGGAUUUCGUGCCAACAUUUUCAGUUAAGACACAUGAAUGUGAAGGACUGUUAAAAACACUGAAACUUUUGUCACUUUAGCCAUAAGUGCCAUUUCCUGACCUUUCUUACAGCAGCAUCUCAAACUAAUUUUAGAGAAACACCCAAUCCUCUCAAGGUUUGACUUUAUUGGAUUUCUUCCCAUACAAGGCACCUGCAAAAAAAAAAAAAAAGCUGAAGAUUUCAUUCUUGUCAGUCACCUCAUCAUAUUCCUACUCACAGUAAAUGUUUCUCAGAGAAGAAGAAAAGGCCACACUACUCCCUACAAAAGCCUCUAAUCUAGAGGUUCCCUACACCAAAAGUAAAAAGUCUGUAGGACCAAGAUUGUUUUAAUAAUAGCCAAGUGCAGGUAAGUAACCCCUUGCUUCCUUUCAGGAAGGCUGUGCCACAUCCUGUCCCUCUUACUCUGCUGAAUGUUUAUCUUGGUUGGAAAGAGUGGUAGUAAAAUACCAUAAAAUUCUGUUGAUGCAGACAUAAAGGGGCAUUUUAGGCAAAAAAACCCCAAACAACCUACUUCAUCUGAGAUUACUACUACCUCUUCAUAUAAUCAAGUAAUACAGUGUAUAUAGGGAUGAACUGUAUGGAACCUGACUUGUCCUCAAUGUGAUGUAACUCUUAUCAGAUUCUUUGCUUCAGAUAAGUGAAUUUGCAAAAUAAGUGAAUAAAUAAAAGGGCUAAAACCACAGGACAGUGACCUACCCAAACUGGCACAGCCUUUACAGCCUCAGCUGAGGGGGACAGCACCAACAGGUAACAUCCUCUGAAGUCCUGUUUCUAGAGUGAGGUUUCAUCUUCUGGAUUUUUAUUUAUGCCUAAAUGUAUUUAUCAAAUUUAAGACUGAAUUCAGUUUUUCACUUCAUAGUUAACAGCUUUGAAAGAGGAGAUGGUUCACAAGGUCCCUCAUUACCCAAGCCACCUUGCAGACCAUUUUCUAAGAGGGAGAGAAUGAGACACUUUGGGUAUUUUUUCACAGUAAAAUUAUGAAUCAAAUCUUAAACAGCCACUUCUGCCACUUUGAAAGACUUUGGGGAGUAAAGAUUUUCACCUGAUUUUGUACUUGUUGCAAUAAAAGCUUCUCCUUUUAAUUUUUCAUGCUAUAUUUAAGAUUAUACCGCAGAGUUAAAUCAGCUGUUCAGACACACUUUUCAUAGGGGAGAAUCUUAAUCCAUGACCCUGUAAUUCACUCAUUAAAAUAAAAUUUUUAGAAAAAACAGCUUGGUAAUGUACUGAAGAGAAGAACAACUGCUUUGUCUUGCAGCAGCACUUGGAUACUUGUGUGUAGCCCUACUAAAGGAAACUGAUCUUCAGUAAAACUCUUCAUGGCAAGGACCAUGCAUCCCCACCCUG